GGUUUAUUGCAGUUCCACCUAUCGUAAGACAUGCUCCUGGCAUAGAGUUAUUUACCAAAAAAUUAUUAAAUAAUGUUACAAAUUUAAAUAAAAUUAUACUUGAAAUAAUUCAAGAAAGACGCAAAUAUAUUGAUUCAUUACCUAAAGAUAAUAUUGAAAAAUUUCAAUAUUUUGAUGCCUUUAUAAACGAAGUGCUUCGCCUACACCCUAUAUUUCCCUUAGUUCCUCGAUCAAAUUCCGAACCUGUGGAAAUUGGUGGAUAUCUAUGGAAAGGGGAACAAACAUUCCUUGUAAAUUAUCAAGGAAUUCAUUUUAAUGAAAAGGACUGGAUUGACGCCGAAGUCUUUGACCCUGAUAGAUUUUUAAAAAACAAUGAUAGUAUAAGAUCGAAGAAUGCUGAAAUGGCUAAUAACAAUUGUGCUUUUGUGCCGUUUGGAGGGGGUGCUAAAUCUUGUCCUGGAAGAAUUUGGGCAGUCAUUGAAAUUAAAAUGUUCUUAAUAGCACUUUUAACAAG